UUAUACCAGAGGAGGAUCUGGAUUCAGAACGACCCAAAACUCUCCUGAUGGAGCAGCUUCAAGAAGGACAUAACUAUGAGUUGCUGGUCACCAACGCUUCAGGAUUAUUCAGGUAUCGCAUUGGAGAUGUUGUGAAAGUAGUUGGGUUUCAUAACCAGUGUCCAAAAGUGGAGUUUCAGUAUAGGCGCGGUCAGAUGUUGAGCGUGCGUGGUGAGAAAGUGUCUGAAUCACUGUUUUUGGGGGCUCUUAAGAAGGCAGUGACACAGUGGCCAGGAGCCAGACUAAUAGACUACAGCUGCGUUGAGAGUGGCAUUUUAGGCAGUGCAUCUGGAAUAGCUCAGCCGCAUUAUCUUGUGUUUGUUGAGCUAAAGGGUGUGAGGAACCUCUCAGAGGAACAAAGAUACAAGUUAGACCACUGCCUACAGGAGGACUCUGAUAUCUACCGAUCCUUCAGGAUGAAGGGCAGCAUCGGACCAAUGAGAGUUCAGCUCGUUCGUGAGGGAACUUUCCAAGAACUGAAAGAUCGCAUGAUGGCCUUCUCCAGUGCUUCGUCUAACAACUUCAAAAUGCAGCGUGUGAUACCUUGA